GGCGGACUCGCAACCUGUUUUCUUCGCCCGUUCUCUUUCGCCCUCAACGCAGAACGUGGCGUCGGCGUCGGAUACCACUGCGCCAAGCAUAAAAAUCUCCAACCGGAAAGCAGACGACGCGUAGCGCCGGCGGUUAUGGAUUACCAUAACAAGCUGGUUCUUGCCCCCAUGGUCCGAGUGGGCACUCUACCAUUUAGGUUACUUGCUGCUGAAUAUGGUGCUGAUAUAACUUAUGGGGAGGAGAUAAUAGAUCACAGAUUAGUCAAAUGCGAACGACGCCUAAAUGAGAUACUUGGUACUAUUGAUUUUGUUGUGAAAGGAACUAAAGAGGUUGUAUUUAGAACGUGCUGUGCUGAAAAGAACAGGGUUGUAUUUCAGAUGGGAACCGCUGAUGCUAUCAGGGCUCUCUCUGCUGCUCAAAUAGUGUGCAAAGAUGUAGCAGCGUUAGAUAUUAAUAUGGGCUGCCCUAAGUCUUUCUCCCUCAGUGGAGGAAUGGGUGCUGCACUGCUCUCUAAACCAGAACUUAUUCAUGAUAUUUUGACCACCUUAAGAAGGAACUUGGAUACAACCAUAACUUGUAAGAUUCGCCUUCUUGACUCUUCUCAAGAAACUGUAGAAUUGGCACGACGGAUUGAAAAGACUGGCGUAUCAGCUCUAGCUGUCCAUGGAAGAAAAGUCAAAGAUAGACCAAGGGAUCCUGCAAAGUGGAAUGAGAUUGCAGACAUAGUAGCAUCAUUAUCUAUUCCUGUUAUAGCUAAUGGUGAUGCUUUCGAGUAUGAAGAUUUUGAACGAAUGAAAGAUGCUACAGGAGCCUCAUCUGUUAUGAUUGCUAGAGGGGCACUUUGGAAUGCUUCAAUCUUCUCUGCUAAAGGAAAAUUGCCAUGGGACGCGGUGAAGAAAGAGUAUGUGAGAAAGUGCAUUUUGUGGGACAAUGACAUCAAAAGUACAAAGUAUACUGUGAAAGAAAUGAUAAUACACCAUUCUUGCCUAGAACUCGCUGAAGGAAAGGCUGUGAACAAAUCUGACACUUACAAGGACUUGGCGAAACUCUAUGGUGAAGAAGAUUACUAUCAUUUCAUUACAAUGAAUAGGCCGUGAGUUAAACAGAAAUAUAUUAUUUUCGAAACCACAGUGGGAUCAUGAUUUUGUUUCUUAUUUAUGUUUGAGGUGCAAUAUUAUCUGUUGACAGUAUGGUUUAUUAUCAUUUUGCCAUGAUUUUGAUGGCAUAAAAUUCAGCAUAGAACUGCAAAGGGAAUUUGGUUUCCCUGUGAGUUUAAA